AUGGCAUUUUUUCAAUUAGUCCUAAAAGCUGAGAAGCUCGAGAAGGCUAGGCUAAGAUACGAAGACGAGAAAUUGCGAUCGAUCGAGAUCUCCAAAGGUGCCAAGCCGCGUCUCACUUUGAAGCAACGUCUCCGACGAAAAAGAUUAAAAUGCAGGAAGAGAGUUAAGCAUUUCUGGACUCGAGUGAUUUCCGUUAUAAGGUACACUUGGAUUUACAAAAAGGCGAGGCUUCUUCGGAUCGACGGCACGCUCGAGAAUUAUAUCCUGAAGAGUUUGUUCGGCUUUCUGGGCGGUAUAUUUCUCACGUACAUGUUCUUCGUAUUUUUCGUGUUUCAACUGAACUUCACCCUCUCGUCCGCCACAAUGCUGUGCUCGCUUCUCGGAGUGAUUCUCACACUGGGGUUGGCUUUUUCACAUCGCGUGAGAUGUAUCGUGUUUUUGUUGCUGCCGCAGUUCUUUUCCAAACGUGGUAGACAAGCCUUGAUGGCGUAUGCUUUUAUUUUAACUCUUACUGGACCAGGAAAGAAUACUUUGCACAAUAUCAGUGUUCUCUCGGAAUCUUUAGUCUGUGGACAGGUAAGCUUUCCCAGGUAAGUUCGUUCAUACAUUCCAUUUAUAUCUAUACAUUACUGAUU